CGUUUUCCCGAGACUGAGCCGGCCCCUCCUCUUUCCCCUUAGCGCCGCCCUCCUUCGCCUCUCGCCGCCUCCUCAGCCGAAGGACUUCCCCGGCUGGAGCUGUGCCGCCUUCAGAGACGAGCGAGAGCGGAGCGGCGGCGGUUCCUCGACGUGGUUUGCUCGCCAGUGUUCGCGCUGCUUGGAGAGGCUGGCGCGUAGCGCAAUCCGGAGCUGGAUUUUAUUAUAUUACCCUUUUUAGAAGAGAAGAGGGAAGGGGCGGGCGCGGUGAAAGGGACCCACUGCCAACAGGUUUUCUCUGUUUUCCUGCGGCCCGAGAAGGGAGGGCUCCGUCGCUUUGGCUUGCAUCUCCCGCUCGCUUCCCCGAAGGCGCGCGGCUGCGCUGCGAAGGGAGCCCGGCGCGCGUAAAAAAGUUGGAGCGUUUGGCUGCCUUUUUCUUUUACACCUUCGGAUCUGUCCUUUAUUUUCCUUUUCAAAUCCUUCCCCUCUCGCCCUCGCCUCCCUGCACUCUCCCGCCAGGAAAGCGAGCCGGAGAGCAAGGACGUACGAUGUCCUCCCCACUGCUUGCCUCUUGACGCCCGAGGUGGCGGGCUGGCGGUGGCGGCGUGGCCAACAGCAGCUCCCGCAGCAGCAGCGGCGGCGGCGGCGGCGCUACCCGGAGGCCGCGGAGCUCGGAUGUCGCCGCCCUUCUCUCUCCCGCUUCGGCUCGGCGGUGCUGGACGCCCUCUGCCCCCUUCCUCUGAGGAGCCUCGGCAGCUGCAGGAGGCGGCGGUGGCGGCGGACUAAGCGCAGGAGGGAUGCUGUGGAGCGGGCCCCCCCGGCAGAGUGCUUUCCCGCAGGAGAUGUUUCUGAUGCUCGCCUUCUGCCUGGCUUCGCGGCGGACCCUGGCAGCGCCCACUCCGACCGCUGAGGACAUCACGCUGGGAGUUGAUUGGCUGACAAAAUUCGGCUAUCUGCCCCCUCCAGACCCCAUCACAGGAAAACUGCAGACACAGGAAGAGCUCACCAAAGCUAUUGUGGCCAUGCAGCAGUUUGGCGGCCUUGAAACCACUGGGAUUCUAGAUGAAGCCACGCUGAAAUUGAUGAAGACACCUCGGUGCUCUCUCCCUGAUCUCGCUGAAUCGGAGGCAAGGAGGAAGAGGCAUGCUCAGUCAGCAACCAAGUGGAACAAAAGGAACUUAUCUUGGAGAGUUCGCACGUUCCCUAAGGAAUCUCACCUGGGCCACGACACAGUCCGCGCCCUCAUGUACUACGCCCUGAAGGUUUGGAGCGACAUCACGCCGCUGAAUUUCCACGAAGUGGCUGGCAACAAUGCCGACAUCCAGAUCGACUUCUCCAAAACGGACCACAACGACGGGUACCCCUUCGACGGUCCUGGCGGCACAGUCGCCCACGCUUUCUUCCCGGGAGAACACCACACCGCUGGGGACACUCACUUUGAUGACGAUGAAUAUUGGACUUUCCGAUCAUCAGAUACCCACGGGAUGGAUCUUUUUGCCGUGGCAGUCCACGAGUUUGGCCACGCCAUUGGCUUGACCCACAUCUCUGCCAUAGAGUCGAUCAUGAGGCCAUACUACCAGGGCCCCGUCGGAGAUCCCCUGAAGUAUGACCUGCCUUACGAUGACAAAGUCCGGAUAUGGCAACUCUAUGGGGUCAGGGAGUCUGUGUCCCCAACAGCCAAACCUGAAAUAUCGAAAACAGAGGACCACCCCAUCUUGCCAGACUUACCGGAGAAUCGCUCCACUGUUCCGCUCAGAAGAGACGUGCCCAACAGAUGCAACACGCAUUUUGACGCAGUGGCUCAGAUUCGAGGAGAGGCUUUCUUUUUCAAAGGCAAAUACUUCUGGAGACUGACUCGCAACAAACAUCUGGUCUCCCUCCAGCCAGCUCAGAUCCACCGUUUCUGGCGGGGGCUGCCUCUGAACCUGGACAGUGUGGAUGCUGUUUAUGAGAGAACCCACGACCACAAGAUUGUGUUCUUCAAAGGGGACAGAUACUGGGUCUUCAAGGACAAUAACGUGGAGGAAGGUUACCCCCGGCCCAUCUCGGAUUUUGGCUUGCCGCCGGGAGGCAUCGACGCCGCAUUUUCCUGGGCCCAGAAUGACAAGACUUAUUUCUUUAAGGACACUCUCUACUGGUGCUAUGAUGACCACGAGCGGAGGAUGGAUCCUGGCUAUCCUUUGGAGACCAUGUUGUGGAAGGGGGUCCCCAGUGGGCUGGAUGAUGCCACGCGGUGGUCCGACGGGGCAACCUACUUCUUCAAGGGAAAAGAAUACUGGAAAGUCAUGGACAGUGACUUGGAAGCUGAGCCCGGUUACCCACAAUCCAUUGCCAGAGACUGGCUGGUGUGCAGCGACAUGCAGGCGGAUUCGCCUGAGCCGGCCGAGAGCAGCAGGACAGGGGGCCGGUCCAGACAGGGGCACCAUGACGAGAGCCGCUCCGAGAGCGAAGUCUGCUCCUGCACGUCUUCCUCUCCCGGGUGGCCCUCAUCCGGCUCAGCUCUCAGACUCUGCGUAGGCCUCGCCUUGGCCAGCCUUUGGACAGCGGCACAGCUUCAGAGAUCGCUAUGACAGAGGGUGUCAGGUGGACCAGAACAUACCGCAGCAAUUCAGGGAUGCAAAUAAAAGGGAUGAAAUAGAUUUUUUUAGAAAUAAAGCAAAACAAAGAACAAAAUCACAGGAUGCAACACGCCGUUAAAAUGAGCGACACAGUUAACAUUCCUAGGAACGUGAAGGAAAAUGUUUCAGAUUCUCCAUGAGAAGUGAACAGCCUCUAUUUUAUUUUAUUUCCCCUUUCUGGUUAUUUUUGUAAAAAAAUAUAUGAAAAAAAGAAUAAUGUUAUUUUAAGUUAAUGAGCUUUGACAGCAGCAUCUGUGGGUUUCUCACUCCCCGAUCAUCCUUGUCUCCUCACUUCCUUGUCCCACCACACCGCCCCCUCCCCCCC